GCGCUGGCGGGGAGGCGAGGCGGUCGCUUCGAGCGUGCGACUCUGCGCCCUGAGGGGAGUGAGGGCGGGUUAGGUGCUGGAGGCUACUUGUGCCUUCGCGGGGAGAUGUCCUUUGCUUCUCAGAUGUAAUGCACUUUGUUAUUCAGCAGUGAAAAUGAAUCAUACAGAGGUUAAAUUAAAAAUACCUUUUGGAAAUAAAUUACUAGAUGCUGUUUGUUUAGUACCCAACAAGAACUUAACAUACGGAAUAAUUCUUACACAUGGAGCAUCAGGAGAUAUGAAUCUUCCUCAUUUGAUGUCACUGGCAUCCCAUCUUGCAUCUCAUGGGUUUUUUUGCCUGAGGUUUACCUGUAAAGGCCUUAAUAUUGUACAUAGAAUUAAGGCAUAUAAGUCAGUUUUGAAUUACUUAAAGACUUCAGGAGAAUACAAACUUGCAGGUGUUUUCCUUGGAGGUCGUUCAAUGGGCUCAAGAGCAGCCGCUUCUGUAAUGUGUCAUACUGAGCCAGAUGAUGCUGAUGAUUUUAUUCGAGGCCUCAUUUGUAUUUCAUAUCCACUGCACCAUCCAAAGCAGCAGAAUAAACUCAGAGAUGAAGAUCUGUUUCGUAUAAAAGAUCCUGUACUGUUUGUAUCAGGGUCAGCAGAUGAAAUGUGUGAAAAGAACUUGUUGGAGAAAGUGGCACAGAAAAUGCAAGCUCCCAGUAAAAUCCACUGGAUUGAGAAGGCAAAUCAUUCCAUGGCAGUGAAAGGACGAUCAACAAAUGAUGUUUUUAAAGAAAUAAAUACACAGAUUUUGUUUUGGAUCCAAGAAAUCACUGAGAUGGACAAGAAAUAAUUGUUGUUAGUUAAAAGCCAUGUUAUUUUGAAUACAAGUAUAGCUAAUUUGAUAAAGAGCAGUAUACCUCUUAGCAUUAUGAGGUAUAUUUUAGACUAAAGUUCUUUAAUGUUCCCAUUCUUAAACGUUUUAAUUGUGAAAUUAACAUCUUUUGAAAGCACUGUUACAGUUGUAUAAAGAUGAUGUACAAAUAUUAAAAUUGUUCUAAAUAUAAUUUAUUUUCAUUAGUAUAGUAAUUAAGGUUUUGGGAAAAAAUUAAAUGUUUGAAUUUUGUUA